AUGGCCCAAAGCGCCCACACGGGCCUGUCGCAACGAUCGUCGUUUUCUCAUAAUGAUGUGCCGUUAUUUCCGAGUCUCUUCCCGGGCCCUGGGACUGGAAAUGACGCUCUGUCUCAAAACUCCAUGGAUUCCACGCAAGAACUACGAAAUAUUUUCAAAAACAGUGGCGGGCUGAAAGAGCCGUUGCCUUAUAAUGGUCGUAAUUCUUUGAGUACUUCAAAAGUCCCAGAGGACAAUGAAAUGGUAUCUGGUAGUGUAGUGUCAAUUACCAACGAAGUAGACUUGGGCUCUCCUAUAUUUUAUAGAGAACAACGCAAGCGUUCUUCCUUUUCACAAAAGCAAAGUGUUGACCAAAUAACAACUGCUCAAGCAUCUUCUCGUGGCGCUGAUUUAAGGUCGGACCUACCUGAUGGCCCUAUUAACAACUAUUUGAUCUCCAAAUCUAGUAUCGUGACGCUGACCAGCGAAAUCGACCUAAGCGAUCCCCUGUGUGAAGCAAAAAGUCAUUUGUCUCUUGAUUCCAGCGUUCUUGCGGCUUUGGCCGCUGAAACUGAUCUGACCUUUCAGAAAGAUAAAUUUCCCUAUUUGAGUCGGUACGCCUCUAUGGUACAACUGAAACAACGCUCGUUGAGCAAAACAAAUGCGGCGGGCGUUGGUGACGCGGAGCUGGUCUUCGCACUUUCUGGCUUAGAUGACUACAAUUUAUACCUACGAAGCACCGAGUUGGAAGAAGCCAUUGAAGAGCGGGUGAAACAAAGACAAGCUCCUGAAAAUGAAAAUAUAUUAGCCAUAGUUGGAAGUUCCGAGUUGGCGCAAAAUUAUGCUUCUCAGGAUACUGAUAAUGUUGAUGUCCAUCGUAGGAACAAACUCACAAAAGCACGUCUUCCGUGGAGCAAAUUCAAUGACGACAGGAAUCUAGCUUCUCGGAGCGUCAUGAGUGAGCUACGCCAGGCUGGCGAAAUAGAAAGUCUGGUCGAUUCAAGUCAGUCUGGUGUAUUUCUCCAUCGGAAGCUCAAGGUUAGACACUUGCAAAUGAUCUCCUUCGGUGGAACAUUGGGAGUUGGCCUCUAUUUGAAUAGUGGCAAAGCCAUAUCGAUCGCAGGCGGUCUUGGCACAGUCUUGGCAUUCAUGAUCGUGGGUAUUAUUGUUCUUGCGUCUAUCAGCUCCAUGUCCGAAAUGGUGACGUUCGUCUCAGUUGUAGAUGGAGUGUCUGGUUUAUGUUCUCGGUUUGUUGACGAAUCCUUUGGCUUCGCUGCUGGCUGGGUGUACUUCAUCAGUUUUUCUGUGGGUCUAGCGGCAGAGCUUGUAGCUUCAGCAAUUCUUCUCAGUUAUUUCACUGAGACCAAAGUUCUUUCGAGCACUGCAUCUACUGUGGGAUUUGUAACUCUAUGUUUCUUGUUUUGUGUGGUGAGCAACAUGAUCACAGUACAAAUUCUAGGAGAAAUCGAGUAUAUCGCCAGUUUUUUCAAAGUCGUUGCUACCCUCAUCUUUAUCAUCGUGAUGAUUGUCAUUAAUCGUGGUGGUAUGGGCGAUAUGGGUGUUUUAGGCUUCAAGUAUUGGGACUACCUGAAAUCGGAUUUUGCCCACAAUGUUAUCUUCGGGCCCAUGCGUCCCACUUUUGAUCUCAGAAGCAAUGGUGUAUCUCCGGAGCAAGAGGGAAUUGGUGGAGAUUUGGGCAGAUUCCUCGCUCUUUUGACCGCGAUUCUGAUUGCGACAUAUGCUUACAGUGGGACGGAAAUCGUAUGUAUUGCAGCAUGUGAAGCCAAAGAUCCCCGCAUAGCUCUUCCUAAAGCCACGAAAAGGGUUUUUUGGAGAAUUUUGCUAUUCUACUGUUUGGCUUCUUUCGUGGUGUCGCUCAACAUCUACGCUGGUGACCCUCGUUUACUUCGCUAUUACUACGGCUCUGCUGUUACUCCCAAAGAACUCGAGAAUAAUUUUGCCUUUCAUUUUGUGGGGGGCGACAAAUGCCGAAACAGUUUCAAGCUUUUCGCAGGUAUGGGUAAUGGAUCGCAAAGUCCUUGGGCUGUAGCCUUUCAGAGCGCCGGAUUGUGCAACUGGAGCAGCGUAGUCAAUGGAGUGCUUUUUGUAUUUGCUUUAUCGUGCGGAAACUCCCAGUUGUAUGCUUCUUCCAGAACGAUCUACGCUUUGGCACUACAGAGGAAAGCUCCAAGGUUUUUGACGAAAUGCAACCGCCACGGAAUCCCAUACUAUGCUGUACUAGUCGCCAGUUGCCCUGCGUUAUCUGCCUUCAUUUGUUUAUCUGAGAAGGCGACUGUCGUCUUCCAAAAUUUGACCAGUUUGAUUUCGUCUGCUGGAGUUCUAGUGUGGUUCAGUAUGUGCUUAGCGUACAUUCGAUUUUACUUCGGUUUAAAAAAAAGACCAGACAUUAUAAGUCGAGAAGACAAAGCUUACCCAUAUCGAUCGCCAUUCCAGCCAUACUUGGCGUGGAUUGGUAUGAUUGGGCUGGCGAUAAUCAUUCUUGCAAACGGCUAUGUUGUGUUCCUUACCGGCUUUUGGAACACGAUGUUCUUCUUCUCCAGUUAUGGAGCCUUGAUUCUCUUUGCUAUCUUAUAUUGCAGUCAUCGAAUUGUGAAUGGCUCCAGUAUGUUAAGUUUAGAAGCGCUAGACUUUGACUCCGGCAAACGAGAGACGGAUAUUUUCAUUUGGGAUGGUGGAAAAGAGUAUAAUCGCAUGAAGUUUCGGGAUCUACCUCAUAAAAUGAUUGACUUCGUUGCCUGA